AGCCUAGCUGGAAGGUUCAAAAAGACCCAGAAGAGAGGAGGAGGAGGAAGAGGAGGAGGAGGAGCAGCAGGAGGAGCAGGAGGAGCAGGAGCAGCGGCAGCAACAGCAGCAACACCAACAGCAGAAGCUGCAGCAGCAGCCACAGCAGCGGCAGAAUAAUAACGCCAAUUAACACCAAGUGGUGGCUGAGAGAAUAGGAGGAAUCCAGACUGGGAGAGAGGCAGGCGGGCAACCAGGCGGGCAACCAGGCAGCGGUCAGGCGAGCAGGAAGGAAGGGACUGGCUGGAGCCAUGGCCGGAGACAGUGAUCAGACCCUUCAGAACCACCAGCAAACCAACGGAGGGGAGCCUUUUCUAAUCGGCGUCAGCGGAGGCACAGCCAGCGGCAAAUCUUCAGUGUGCUCCAAAAUUGUGCAGCUGCUGGGCCAGAAUGAGGUGGAUUAUCACCAGAAGCAGGUGGUGAUCCUGAGUCAGGACAGCUUCUACCGGGUGUUGACCAUGGAGCAGAAGGCCAAGGCCCUCAAGGGCCAGUUUAACUUUGACCACCCAGAUGCCUUUGACAAUGAGCUUAUCUUCAAAACCCUUAAAGAAAUUACAGAAGGAAAGACGGUUCAGAUUCCUGUGUACGACUUCGUCUCUCAUUCCCGGAAAGAGGAGACAGUGACUGUGUAUCCUGCUGAUGUGGUGCUCUUUGAAGGGAUCCUUGCUUUCUAUUCCCAGGAGGUGCGAGACCUUUUCCAGAUGAAGCUCUUUGUGGACACGGAUGCAGAUACUCGACUCUCCCGUAGAGUGUUAAGGGACAUCAGCGAAAGAGGGAGGGACCUGGAACAGAUCUUAUCUCAGUACAUUACGUUCGUCAAACCUGCCUUUGAGGAAUUCUGCUUGCCAACCAAGAAAUAUGCUGAUGUGAUUAUUCCCAGAGGUGUGGAUAAUAUAGUGGCCAUCAACCUCAUUGUGCAGCACAUCCAAGACAUCCUCAAUGGAGGACUUAGCAAGCGCCAGACCAACAACUGCCUCAACGGUUACACCCCCUCCCGUAAGAGGCAGGCGUCGGAGUCCAGCAGCCGGCCACACUGACCUCCUCUGCCCAGCUCCGCGUCUCUGCCCCUGAACCCUACCCCUUAUUCACCCAGGAGACAAAGGAGGAAGGGCGAGGAGGCACCGCCGAUCUGUGUAUAUAGUGUUGCCAGUGACAUGACUGUAUGUAAGAAAACACCCAUGAAGACGAAAUGCCUUUGAUUUUUGUACUUUGGAAUGGGCAGGGCGAAAUGGAAGAUGACCUGAGUUUAAGAGACAAACUGUGCCAGGAACUACCAGUGAUGCUGAAUUACAAGUCCAUCGUGUAACCAGUUAUAAAUAUAUACAUAUAUAUAUAAAAAUCUAUUUUUGUGUAAAUGUAGAAUAAUGUAAAGCUGUUUGCCGUGAGUAUUUUCCAAGGGGAUACCGUGAGAGCUCGUGCUUGUAUUUUCUGGGUAGGUGCUUUAGCCCCCGCAGAGGGCCUUUGUUUCUUACAUUUCCAGGUAGGAUAAGCCAGCAGUUCGAGCAUCUGUCAAGGAGGAGUGAUGCUGAGAGAAGGACAACUGAGUCCUGAGUGCUGGUGGAUUUCUAGAAAGGAUUAGCUUCUGACAUUCCUCCCUGUCCCUCCUAGUGCUGCUCUCUUCUGACAGAUGCCAUCUUCUGGGGCUGCUCCUUAAGGAUGCGUGGGAGGUGAGGGGAACUCUGUCUUUUAGUCAGGAAUGAGGGAAGACCCCAAAAUCAUACUCAGGGAAGGAAGUGCCCUGCAGAAGAGAGUAAGUCUUCAAUGUUUUCUUUGCCCCCUCCUUUCCCCAUAUCUAGUUAGUCUGUAUAUCCCUCUCUUUUUUCCUUCUCAAUCGUCUCAAGAGAGGCCAAGGGUGCCUCUGGUUCCCACCAGAGUGAGUAGGAAUUUGGUGAGAUUGCUGUCACCACAGAAACAGCAAGAACGGAACAGGGGAGAGUUUGCCAGAUACUGGCGCUGGCUUCAGAUGGCACCUGGAAAGACUUGAGUGAUCUGCAUUAGGGAUUUCCCCUGCCCUGUUGUUAUGCAGCAAUUGAAGAGUCUGGGCUUCUUUAUUUCCUUUCUGAUCAGUGGCUCUGGCUCUCAGGCCCUGCCACAUGGCCAAUUUUCUCAGUGAUAGGAGAGCCAGUGCAAGAUGCUUAAGCUAUCUCCCGCUCUGACAGAGGGGUAGCUUUGUUUCCUUCCCCGCCCCCCCCCCCCCCAAAAAAAAGACGCAUGCACUUUUAGUAGGAUGAGCUCGAUCCCCUUCCCAGUGAUGAUUUUCAUUUGCAAUGUGACAACCAGGAUAAAAUUGCUGUUACCACAGAGAAGGGAACAGCUCCAUCCUGUGCCUUAGAGGUGCUAGAAAGAAGGGACUGUGCAUUUUCAUCUUUAAUAACUGGAACUUCCUCUAAUUAGAGGGAGGUAAACCCCAGCCAGGCCCCUAGUGAUGCCUUCCUUCCUGGAAUAGAUUCCUAGCUGACUUCUGGAGGGUUGGAAAAAUCAGAACUACCGGAUUCAUGAGUUGUGAUUUUAAAGUAACAUGACUGAUUUAAUUUUAUUUUGUUUUUUAUAUACUUGCCAGAUCGUCUUUAUCCAAAAUUUGUGUAAUCCUUCUAAGUAAAUCACCUAGGGGAGUGGGGGUUGGACAAGGAUAGGGGACAGACAGACUAUUCAAGCAUUUUGGGAACUCUGCAGGUGGCCUUCAAGGUCUAGUUUGAGUCACAAAACAGAAUCACUCUCAUCACUUGGCCCCAACUUGUCUUUUAACCCCAGAUGGCAUCAUGUGGCUCAGUCUGCCCCUUCAUAUUCACAGACUUGGCUGCUUCUUAACUGAACCCACCCCCACGGACAGAGCUUUGCCAGCUCUCAAAAGGUGCCACCCUUUAAAAACAAACAAACACUUGUUUCUUCAGAGAGAAGGGCUCUCUGAAGGCAGUUCAAGAGAGGAGUUCCCAGAAUGUUUUAAGCCAUGGAAGUGUCAUUGAUUUAAUGCGUCAUGCUUUUGAGGUGUCCCCUUUGAAGGAGAACGACAUGCUUUUGUGUGUAGAAGUUUUGGAAUCUUUUUCUUAGGAUUCAGUCACAUUCCUUUAUAGUCACACCUCAGAUUGCUCUGAGGCAUGGGGAGGGGGAGGAUAAGACAGAGCCAGGAGCCUCAGGAUAGGUGGGGCCUAAACCCCAGAUGGGGGCAGUCUGCCCACGGGAAGUGUCUGUCUCAGAGAGUCUUUGCCUUGCAGCGGGUACCAUGCUCAAAUUUACUUGAAGCUCCCAGGUGCCAAACCAUUUAGUGCCUUGGCUGCCUAUCCCACUGCCUUGUAAGACAGAUUCUUCUGUUGUCACUGACGUUUCUACUUAGUUGCUUCUUCAUCUACUUGUGGUAUUGGGACCAAGGCCAUCCCCUGAGCAGGUUCUCUUCUCCACAUAACCCCACCCAUCCCCUGGUCCCUCUCUCCACUGCUGCUCUAUCUUCCGCUAGCAGCCUCUGGCCUUUCCCAGUCACAGUCAUUGACAGGCUCAGCUGACAGGCAAAGGAGGCUGGGUGGUAUUUAUUUCCCAGGGUUGAUCAGGAUCCAAAGAUGACCUCCCCAAAACUGUAUAGCACAGAGCAGAGAUUGACAUAGUGGAAGAAAGGAAGAAAUUCAGUGGUGUAAUCCGGGUCCCUGAGUGCCCCAGGAAGGGUGCCAUCAUCUAUAGGUGUGACAUAUUUUUAUUGAGCUUCUCUUAUCCUUAUGCCCCUGUGCAGAUAUUAGGAUGCAGACAAAGAUGAGCACAAUGGAAGGUUCCUUUAGAUUCACCAUCAGAAGGUGCUAAGUUUCUGUCUUGAAACUCGGGAUCUGCAGCCUUGUAGCUGGGAUGAUCUAAUGUGAUAACAGUCUAGCCUCACCCUAACUCCUGAACCAGUGAACUCCUGACUCCUCUGUUCUUCAUAUCCCAUGUAAUCCAAGGAAAAAUGAGUUGUGGGGUAAGGGUACUAGGAGAAUUAGUGGAUGCUAUUGGGAAUGUAGUUGGUCCAGCCCAGACUGUGGGCCAGGAGAGGUAAAAGUGGCAGGUACACAACUGCAGAGCAUUCCCAAGAGUUCACUAUAACCACAUGUUCUUUAGCAGGGGUAGUUAAUCAUGGGGAACAUGUUUUUCUGCCCCUCAUUGGGUUCUGGGUCACAUCGUUGCUUGCAGAAUUUGGAACUUCUUUGCUGGAUCAAAUGUGGUACAAAAGCCUCUUAAGGAGGUGAGUGGGUUAAUCUCAUAGGAUUUAUGGCCCUGGGUUUGGAUGGGAAAUCAAGACUCCCAAAAUCCAUUCAGUGUUGCAUGUAAAUAAGUGACCUCUUGGUGUGGUCUCUUGGAACUCUCUUGGCCUGGCAGCAAAGAAAUGGGAGGUUAGGAGCAUGUGUUCUUCUGUGUCCUACAGCCCCCACCUUACCUUCUGUACAUCAAAUCUUCCAAUCCCCAAAAUGAAUUGGAUAUAUUUUAGCCCAUGAAGACUAAGCUGAGUCCAUGAAGAUUGGACCUCUUUACAGAAAGGACUGUUUGGAUGCCUGCCACUCUUACUUGACUCUUCUAAAAUUUUUCAUUGGGUCCGGUAGGCAAAGCAUGUUUUAUUAGCUGGAGUGGUGGUAGCAAGCAGGUUCUAGGCAGGAGAGAAACCUGUGGAAGUGAAUUGAGAGUGUGUGGCUCCUUUUACCCAUCAGUGAGGGUCACUCUGUAUCAGGCAAAUGUUUAAAAAUCUGCCCGUGCUACUUUAAUAUCUCUCUGCCUUCAGGUAUAUGAUAGGAAGAGGCAGUAGCUGCCAGUAUUGCCUCUGGAUUCGGAUUGGGUUGUUGGUGAGGGGUUAGAUUUUUUUGUUGUUGUUUUGUUUUAAGUUUACACAUUUGCCUUUUCUGUUUUGUUAUUAGUGAUGAAAUACUCUUGCCUAUGCGUUUUCUGUCCUUCCCUGUAAAUAAAGAUGGAACCAAAAGGAUA